AUGCUUAGCCAAUGCAGUAAUAGUAUAGGGUUAUCUCCAACAUCGCCAAGCGGUGGGGGAAGGCUUUCAGCUAUUUCUCCUUCUGCAUUUGCUUUUGCUAUGGGGAGUGAUAAGCUUGAUGACAUUGACCGAGAAUUAUGUUUACCACAACAUGUUGAAAUGCAUUCAUUUCGUGAUGCUAUAGAUGUUAAUUAUCAACGAAUGGGUUUAACUGGUGAAGAACUUUCUGGGGUUCCUUUGGAAGAUUUGCGUAGUGCAGCUCGUCAAUUAGUUGAAGCUUUACGUUUGCGUAGUGAAUAUAUGGAAUUAGUCGGUGGAGUAUUCCCUAGCACUACAAGAAAUUUUUUGAUUGGAAAAUAUCCUUCUAAUCUUCCCAAAUGUAGACGAAAAAAUACUGAAACUUCUGCCAGUAUGUCAUAUAACCCUCCAGAACCUCCAAAAGAUCAUUGGGGAUUAGACCAACCAUUACCAAUUUAUGAGCAAUUGUUUGACUUGGAAAGGCAUCGAGGCACGGUAGCCGUUAUAGAUAAAUCAAUAAAAGAAAUUUUUGAGCCUUUAAAAAAGUUUUAUAUUACUCGUGAGAAAUAUUUGAAAGACUUUAAUUGGUUAAACCGUAUAUGUAAUGAAGGCCCUCUCAAAACUUUUUGUUAUCGUCGCCUAACAUUUUUACAAACACAUUUUCAACUUCACGUACUUUUAAAUGAGCAAUUAGAAAGUGCAGAACAGAGAAGUGUUCCACAUAGAGAUUUUUAUAAUAUUCGAAAAGUUGAUACACACAUACACGCGGCAAGCUCAAUGAACCACAAACAUUUGCUUCGAUUUAUUAAAAAAAGAAUGAGAACUGAUGCUGAUGAAGUUAAUGGAAGGCCAAUUACAAUGAGGGAAGUAUUCGAGAAAAUGGGUGUUAGUCCAUAUGAUCUUUCUGUUGAUAUGUUGGAUGUGCAUGCUGAUAGAAAUACUUUUCAUCGUUUUGAUAAAUUCAAUGCAAAAUACAAUCCAGAAAUAUUUAUAAAAACGGACAAUUACGUAAAUGGAAGAUAUUUUGCUCAAGUACUUAAAGAAGUUUUUAUUGAUGUUGAGGAAAAUAAAUACCAAAAUAUGGAGCCUCGUUUAUCAAUUUAUGGACGCGAUAAAGAUGAAUGGGACAAACUUGCUAAUUGGGCAAUUACGCAUGAUGUUUGGUCACAAAACGUUCGUUGGAUGAUACAAAUUCCUCGUUUAUACGACGUUUAUCGUUCAAAAAAUUUACUUUUAAAUUUUGAUGAAUUUCUUUCAAAUAUAUUUUCUCCACUUUUUGAAGUUACAAAUGACCCAAAAACACAUCCAGAAUUACACAGAUUUUUACAGCAUGUUUCUGGAUUGGACUCUGUCGACGAUGAAUCUAAACAUGAACACGUUCCUUUUACUAAAGAUUGUCCUGAACCUGUGGAUUAUACGAGUGACGAGAACCCAUCAUAUUCUUACUACCUUUUCUACAUGUAUAUGAAUUUGGCAUCCCUAAACGCUUUUCGACAAUUGAGAGGAUUAAAUACAUUCGCAUUACGACCUCAUUGUGGUGAAGCUGGGCAUGUUAAUCAUUUAAGUGUAACUUAUUUAACUUCUGAAAGUAUUGCACAUGGUCUUUUACUUCGAAAAGUUCCAGUUUUACAAUAUUUGUUUUAUUUGGCACAGAUUGGCAUGGCAAUGUCCCCCUUAUCAAACAAUCACCUUUUCUUAACUUAUCAUCGUAAUCCAAUGCCCGAUUUUCUUAUGAAAGGUUUAAAUGUUUCUUUAUCAACUGAUGACCCUUUACAAUUUCAUAUUACAAAGGAAGCUUUAAUGGAAGAAUAUUCUAUUGCUGCACAAGUUUGGAAAUUAAGUUCUUCGGAUAUGUGUGAACUUGCAAGGAAUAGUGUUCUUCAAUCAGGAUUUGAGGAUCGUAUAAAACUUUAUUGGUUAGGUCCAAAUUAUCGAGAAGAAGGUGUUUUGGGCAAUGAUGUUGCUAGAACUAAUGUACCUGAUAUUCGGGUCUCUUUUCGUCAUGAAUCACUUGUCAAUGAAUUAUGCAAUUUAUUUAAAGCACUCUCAUUUUAA